GUUUAUGUUACAAUCGCGCGGCUGCGGUACUUUUCGUUAGGAACAACGUGAUUACUUGUUGUCGUUUAUUUAUUUAUGUGAUUUUGCAUAAUGCCCAGCGAACCGACCACACCGACGAUACAACUAGGCGAUUAUAUUGUUAUACAGCGUCAAAAGUACACAAAACUGCAGAAGUUUGGCAACUUGGAUGCAACGGCCACGUUGGGAAAGGAACAUUUGGAGCUGAAGUCGCUGCUAGAUCAACCCUAUGGCUCCACCUUCAAGAUGUGCGUCAAGGAGACCAAGGCGGGCAAACGUGGAGCACAGCGACAACACACCCUCGAACUGGCCAGCGACAAUGAGCUGCGGAGCAUUCGAGACGUGCUCAACAUUUCCAGCAGUGGAGCCGACAAUCGCGACAUCAGCGACAAUGGGGAAGCACAAGCACUUAAAUCACAGGACAUUGAGCAGCUGCGUGAAGCGUGCAAUGAGUCCAGCAAGAUCAUUGAGAAGCUUGUGGAAAACUCGAAAACCUUUCACACACGCACCGAGUACUCGCAGGAUAAAUAUUUGCUGAAGAAGGAGAAAAAGUACUUUGAAUUUGUACAAAUCCGACAGCCAAGCAUACGUUUAAUGGCCGACAUAUUCCAUCGACAGGAUGCUGACAAGAUAUUGGGCAUCCGUGUGGACACACUUUCCCAGAUCAUCUCCUACUCCGGUGUCUCUGGCUUUGGCAACUAUUUGCUCUAUGAGAGCGGCACAAACGGACUUUUGCCAGCUGCCAUGUUGAAUUCAAUAGGCGCUGAUACCGAAGCAACUUUAGUGCACAUGCAUCCGGGUAAUGUGCCACAAAAACAAGCACUGUUGGCACUUAAACUGCCACUGGAACAGCAACAACGUUGCAUCUCUGUCAAUUUGUACUCUGUGCUGCGUGAAUUUUAUCAAGGAGACAAUUUUGAGGCGACAUUAACUGCCACAGCAGCUGAAGCUGAAGAGAAGACAGCGAAGAAUGCAAGCGAUGACACAACGGAGGAGCAGACCGAGACCAUAGAGCCAACGAUUAAGAAACCCAAAUUGGAUGAAUCCCCAAACGCACACAGAUCAGGAGCAUUGCGCUGGCAGCUGGAGAACAAACGUGCCUCCACAUUGAUGCAUGCAAAAUUCGACAGCCUGGUAAUGGCAGCCAAGGAGCAUCCAUCGAAUAUAAUACAGGCAUUGUUGCCUCUGGUUAAACCAUCCCGCCCUGUGGUCAUAUUCAGCACGUGCAAAGAGUUGCUGCAGGAAACGUACAUGGAGCUGAAGACAUCCGGCAAAGUGACCAAUCUACAUGUGACCUCCAAUUGGCUGCGCACCUAUCAAAUAUUGCCAAAUCGCACACAUCCCGAGGUUAACAUGAGCGGCAACAGUGGUUACCUCCUGACUGGCUACACAUUAAAAUAAUGCAUUUACUUAGAUGUAUAUACUGAAAAUUAGUAUAUUAUUUAAUGACUAGUUCACGGCAAGCUUCAAGUGUAUUAAAUCGAAUUUUUGAUAAUAUCA